CACAUAUCUGCUUGAAUUCGUUUAGCGUGUGCCUGUCCCGAUCACCCAAAGACCGAAUUGUAGAUUCGUUGUCACGUUACACCUCUGCCACUCGAUCGAAACUUCGUGCUUGGCAUAGAAGAAUUAAGAGCCUUUUCUAGCUUCCUAACUAUCUCUCCCUCUAUCCUAGAUUCCUUUAACCCUAUUUCUUUACUAAACUCUACCACCUCCACACCCAUAGCCCUUUUCAGGGAUAUCCACCAUCGGUUGUUGAUGACUGCACCCAACAACUCCCGAUGCACUAAUGUGCUAACCCGGUUUCUGAAUGCUUGACGCACAGGCAAAAACGUAUUCAGCUUCCAGUAUCCGGGGCCUUGCUUAUGGAUCCUAUAUAGGUCGACGGUAGAGAUCACAAAUUUGUGGUCUGUGUAAACGACGACUUUGAAUUGUGAGCAACUUAUGCUGCCUCUAUCUAUAAAAACUCUAUCUAGAUACGAUGCGGAAGACCUGAUGCUGUUUGCCCAAAUCCACAUUAGCGCAUUCGAAAAAUCCAGUCGGUACCUGUCAACCAAUUGGAAGCGACUGAGCAAGUUUGUGAGGCUUUUACACCCCUCUCUCCUCCCUAUCCAGGCGUGCAUCCACGAUGACUUUCCAAUCACCUAUUAGAACUAAAGAGCGAGACGUCCCAAAGAAAACCUCUAAACGUCUGAAGAGAUCUUGCUGUCCCGCCCCAGUCGGUGCGUAAACAGCAACUAGUCUAAAAGCACCACCCUCACUGUUGCUCAAUAUAGGACCACCAACUUACCUUCCGAAUCUGUGUAGAUCGUCCGUAUCCCGAGAUCCAGGCCUUUCUUAAACAACACUGCCACACCACCUCCCAUUCCAUGCCUAGUAAGAGGUGCGUAGAUAUUAAAAUCAUUAAAAUGGGGUUUAGAUCAUGUGUCGGAAAUUCUGGUUUUGCUGACGGACGUCAUAUCUAUAGCUAGUGACCUGAGGUCGUUGAGCAGGUGACCUUGUUUCCAGGCUCCGAAAGCCACCAUGAUGACUACACAGAGUUUAGAGAAGAAACAAAAACCUCUACUUACCCACCGGAUGCCGCUGGAGGUCUAGUAGUUCUACUUCCCUAACUUGUUGAAGUUCUUUUGAGAACUCCCUUAAAAGACUACACGUGGAUUUCACUUUAGGGGUCUCCAAAUCGUGAGAGAAGCUCUCCUUGAUGUUUUUAUGUUUCUAGAGACAUUCUCACCAUCAUAGUUUUUUCUGGCACUUGAACGGUGUUGAUGCCGCAGUCACCCCACCCCCUCUCUCUCUCUCUCUCUCUCUCUCUCGAUGUCUUUCUUUCGUGCUUUCGACGACCAUCAAUUCUUAGUUGGCUCUCCUCACUAGCACGAAGUUUUGUGAUCGUGUAGCUAGUUGUUGCUGUUAGGGGUGUUUUCUUUUCGUGGAUUAUUGAAGUUGUGGUAGUGUUGGUGGAGCUGGUUGUGAUAGCAGUAGAUGUGUUGACGAGUGCGAUGCUGGAGAGGUUGGUAAUGCUGUAGGUGUGUUUGUGACUGUUGUGGUUGUUCUUUUGUUUUUGAAGUGUGUGUGUGUGUGUGUGUGUGUGUGUGUGUGUCCUUGUGUGGGGAUUGAUGUUUUAUUACGCUUUAUUAUUUGUUUAUCUAUUUAUUUAUUGUUUUUGCUUUUGCAUUUUGGUGUGUUCCUAUUUUCGCUGCGUGUUGCAGAUGAAUUUGUGUCUGUGGUGUCGGGGUACGAGUCUACGAUCGUAUUUGAGUUUGGAAGAGACGGGGAGAAGGAGGGAGCGGGAGAUUCCCUGGGUAUUGUGAGCGUCCGUUAUUAUUAUUCUUUUACUGCUGAAGGUGGUGGUGGUGGUGGUGCAUAUGCUGCUGAUGUUGUUGGUGUUGCUAGUGCUGCCGGUGUUGCUGGUGUUGCUGGUGUUGAUGCUGGUGAUCUUCCAGCAUUUGCUUAUUUUGCUGUUCCUAUUGUUGACGCUGUAGUUGCCGAGGAUGGUACCACUUUUCUUGUUGAUCGUUGCUGGUUUAUUUGUUGAGGCUUCUGGACAGUAGUGGGGUUCUAUUGUUCCCUGUGUUCUCUUGAGAACAGAAAGCUCUCAAGUAGCCUGUUAUCCCAUACAAGUAGCACCAUGGCUUUCUACCCUCAACCGUAACAUGUAGCUCUUACCCUCCUGGAAGGCAACUGAGGUCAGGUAGCUUAUGGACCGUGUCUAGUUUAACGGGGUGUAGUACCUCCACACUGGUCUCAGACCAAUUUUCAUGACCGGUCUGAUUCACCUCCAGGGGAUUAUUACCCCCUUCCAAAACGAUUCACACUAAAAUCAACCGUAAAUUUACCUACGGUGAAAUUCCUGAUAUCUUUAUUUGCACCGUCCUGCUUCCUAAAUGCGAUGGGUGGAGCACAUAUUUUUCGCUCCCACGGGAAACCAUAGUGUUUGGUGACCAGAGCUUCAGACUUGAAGAGCACUGAAAUGCUCGCAAACUGUUUUGCACUCGAGAUAUGCUGAAUGUGAACAUUAUCUCUUUCAGCGCACCUUUCACAUCUUCCUGACCACCAGAGAACUGAAAUGCCAAAUGGGCAAACAAUGAGAGCGAUUGAGAAAGAACAGUGGUAUAAGUACUUGGGAAUACUAGAAACAGACAAAAUAAGGCAUGAAAAAAUGAAGCAAAUUGCCAGUAGGGAGUACACAAGGAGAAUGAGAAAAUUAUUGCAGUUGUUAUGUAAUAUCUAUUUGAAUGUCAAUUAAGAGAGGACAUAAUAUAUCAGGACUUAACCUGCAAUUCUUACGACAACAUUACAUACCUUUAUUACUAAAAAAAUGCAGUCUUGCUAAAAAUUGGUGAUCUCGACCUGAUUGGAAAUUUGUUCAGGGGUUGCAGGUGCGAUCAUUUGCUAGGUAAGCAAUGUGGGGAUGCGUAGAGAAGUUCCGCUGAAGAAAAGCCUCGCUAUUCCUUAACCUAAGAGAACAACCGAUAAUACUCCCAACCAUAUGUCUGAAUGAGGGUUCACAUCGAAUGAGGGUUCACAUCGAAUGAGGGUUCACCAUCUCAUAGCUAAUGCAAUGAUAGAAAGAUUUCGUCGUCAGCUAAAAUCUGCUUCAUGUGCUCACUCUCAUUCAGACAGAUGGUUGGAAGCAUUACUUCUCUACGGAUCCCCACUUUUCCUGAGAAAACCGCACCUGAGACUCCUGAUAAAAUUUCCGAUCCGGCUGAUUACAUACAUCAUUUACGAAAUUACAUGAUAGAAUUACCUCCUUUGGUUACUAGAGCACAGUCUAUCAAGUCUUGUGUGUCUCCUGAUAUUACUUCAUAGACUCGUGUUAUUGUUCGCAACGAUCUUGUUAAACAAAUUCUUCAACCUUCUUGCUGUGGUCUAUACCGAGUUGUAUAACUAUUGAUAUCACAUCUUCUCUCCUCAUUGACCACAAUCUUCGUAUUUCUCAGUUCAAAUCGUUGUAGUUGUUCAGUUUUAUUUCUUCCUCUUUGAUUUUUUUUUGUAUUGUCGUGUAUCAACACGAAUGUGAUUGAAUAGACACGUGAAUAUGAGUUUCCAGCCGUAACCAUUCCGAUGUUUGUACAUCGUAGUCUACAUUGUUCAGUAUAGAAUUCAUUGUUUAACAUUCGUUUCAAAUGUUGGCAAAAGGCCAACAAGAUCAGGAGAGAGGGUAAGACGAUUACAUCGACCUUAGUGCUCAACUGGUACAUAUUUUAUCGACCCGGCAGGGUGAACUGCAAAGUCGAUUUCGGCGGAAUUUGAGCUAAAAGCGUAAAGUUGGACAAAACGCUGCUUAGCAUGAUUCCAAUUUAGUUUUAAUUUCUAGCAAAUUAGUAACCUCGUAGAGUGUAGCCCAUUAGAUGGUCAUCUUUAAGUUGUUAAGUUGUUGUAUUUUCAUACAGUCUUCACUGCUCAUUAGCAUAACAGGAUGCUCUUCACAGGAAUGUAACAUUUACAUUUCACGGAUGUUAUAGAUAAUCGAAAGAAGUUUCAUUGGUGAAUCGCAUGUGUAUGCAUGUACAUGUGCAUAGAUGUAUGUACACAAAGACACAGACACACAGACACACAGACACAGACACGCACAUACACACACAUACACACACAUACACGCACAAACGUGUGCGUGUGCCUAUAAAAACAUAGUAGGAGAGAGUCUUCACUUAUUUCUGUAUGAUGAAUAUUGUUGAUUCGGCUUUACAGUAUUGUCAUUUUUACUGAAGUAGUAUUGUGUUUAUUGUGAAGAUCCACAACUACAGCACGAACCGAUUCAGGAUUGAACAGAGAAAAUACACCCCAAAAUUGGAGAAGAAUGUCAUCAUAUAUGAAUUUAACAGACGGUACGGAAUAUAAUAUCACCAUCGAAGAACUCAACAGACAACAAGUUUUGAUAAGACUUCCGUUUACUAUUUUAAUUGCAUUAACUAUGACCACAGGUUUGGUUGGAAACAUUUUAACUAUUUACGUUUACGGAUUUCGUUUGAAAUUAUCACCAACUUAUCUGUUUGUCGUGAUGCUAUCUUGUGCUGAUUUAAUAAUAUGUGCUUGUGUGACACCAGCUCGUAUUGCUCAAAAUAUUUACCCUAUGAUGACAACCUGGGAUAUACUGUGUCAGUUCCAUUUGUGUUUAGCAGUUUUCACAGGACUUUGUAACUAUGGUUUUCUACUGGCCAUUGCAGCAGAGAGAUACAGAAAGGUAUGCCAACCACUGAAGACUCAAAUAACUAUGAGAGCUGCAAAAAUCAUCAUAGCCUGUAUUUUUAUUUUCUGUGCAACACAGGGAAUUAUGACUCUUUUUUAUUAUGGAAGUGUUAAGAAACCAACUAAUUAUCCUGGUAUAUAUUUAUAUUUUUGCUCAGCAAAGGACGACCAGAAUCCUAAUUAUUACCAACUAGGAUUCUUUGGUUUCUACAAUCUCCUAGCAAUGGUUACGUUCACCCUUCUCAUUUUUCUGUAUACCAUAAUUCUUCGACAUAUGAAGGUUAUGAAGAAAACAAAAUGUGUCAAAUCACAACAAAAUAGAAAUAGUGCUACAAGCAUUCCCUGUCCCGAUGAAAUUCAACAGAAGUGGCUUAACAUACCAGAAACUGUUGAUUCUAAUCGAUUACCUUCGAAUCUUUCUGUAGAGGAAGUGGAAUUGUCUAAUACCGAAAUGUCAUCUAAAGUCUCCUCGGAUGAAAUAUCAAAGGUAUAUACGAAAAGUAUUGCACCUAUUAGGGCUAAACUACGGGAAGUGAACAACGAAAAACGAGCAAAAGAACGAGCCGACAGGAUAAAGCAUACCACUAUAACGAUGAUGAUGAUUACUGUAGUUUUUAUAGUGACAUUUUUGCCUAGCUUUGGCGCCAUAAUGAUAAAUUCGCUGAUGAGGUCAUUAAAUACGACUUCGACAACAUCAAUUUUGUAUUGGUUCGCACGACACACUUUUUACAUCGCUUCUUGUUCAAAUCCCAUUAUCUACGGCUACAGGAACCCAAAUUUUAUUGCUGAAAUUAAAAGAAUGCUCGGAGUGAAACAGAAAUAAAUCGAAACGGAUAGGUCACAUCAGUCAGAAAUAUGUAUGGAUACGAGAAGUUACGAAACUGUAACAGAAAUUCCUGACAGAUACACAGCUGCUGCUGCUGCUUCUUCUUCUUCUUCUUCUUCUUCUUCUUCCAUCUCUCUCCUAUCUCAGUAUAUAUAUAUAUAUAUAUAUAUAUAUAUAUACACACACAUACAUAUUGUUACGAACGCCCGCACG